AUGACGGUCCAAGAAGAGCAACAACUCCACGGAGACCCCGAGCCGUCUCUCCUGGAACAAGGCUAUGGCAGCACGGGCGACGAGAAAGACUCGUUGCUGACUUCUUCUUCUUCUCCUCCUCCUCGAAUGAGCGCCGAGGAGGAUGCCUUUGAAGACAAGAAAAAAUCGAAAUCGAAGAGUUCGACCCAACGCGACAUUUUGCGCAACCAUUUGGACGCCUUGACCAAAAUCCCACUGCGUCGUGUCGCCUUGGAAGUGUCGCUGUAUGUCAAUCUGUUCAUUACCGUGACGAAACUUGUGGCGUACUUGCAAACGUUUUCGCUGUCCGUGUUGGCCGCCUUGUUGGACUCUGUCUUGGAUGUGGUCUCUCAGUUUGUCUUGAACUAUACCGAAAAGCAUUCGUCGUUGCAGCGAUCGUCGGCAUUUUAUCCCGCUGGUGCCUCGCGAUUGGAACCCAUUGGUGUGCUGACGUGUGCCGCACUAAUGGGAAUGGGAUCCUUUGAAGUCUUGAAGGAAUCCGUCAUGGCACUCAUUAAUUGGGCCAAUCCAUUUUUGCAAGGAGACGAUACAGCUGGCGAAGGAUUGAGCAUGGUCAGUUUCUGGAGCAUGUCGGCCAUUGUCAUUGUCAAAUUGCUAUUGCUCCUACUCUGUCAACGAGCCGCCGAAACCAACACCACCAGUAAUCAGAGUACCACGACCAACACCAUUACCAACAACCAUCAUGCCAACCCCAACAAUGUGAGUAUGGACAGUGAAAGUCAACACACGGGAACCGUCAUGGAAUCGACCACGAUUGGAUCUUCCAGAGCCGCCAUUCAAAUGUCCGAUCCGACUUUGGAGGCAUUGGCACAAGAUCACUGGAAUGAUGCCUUGUCCAAUGCUGUCGCCGCAGCCGCCCUCUUGGCCGCACUCAAAGCCGAACAAUUGUGGUUUCUCGAUCCCGUCGGUGCCAUUUUGAUUUCACUCUACAUUAUUUGGAGUUGGUUCGAAACGGGAAAGGAACAAAUCGAACAACUCACGGGAAAAUCCGCUCCGGAAGAUUUCAUUGAAGAAUUACUCGAAAUUGCCAAUCAUUUUGACGAACGCAUGUUGGUCGACGUUUGUCGCGCCUAUCAUUUCGGACCAAAGUUCUUGGUCGAACUCGAAGUCGUAUUGCCCAAGAAUACGCUUCUCUUUGAAUCGCACGAUUUGGGAAUGGAACUCCAGUACGAAAUUGAAUCGCGAGAAGAAGUCGAACGUUGUUUUGUCCAUAUUGACUACGAACAGCGACCGUACGAUGAACAUGUCGUCAGUAAAGUGCCCGAAUUGCGAGAAAAGUACCGACCCGGCAAGGAAGGAUUGCGGUGGAGGUCGACGCAUAGUAUGUAA